AUGUCACAAGUGAACUCUUGUUGUUCUUGCACGUGUUUGGGUAAUGGAAAUCGUGGUUUGUCCUCUGCUGGUGGUGGAUGGAAAGGGUUGGGUGUAACUCCAAUUUGUCGGUGUGGAGAUGUUGCUGUGAUUAGAACUGCUAGAACAACUAGGAAUGCUGGGAAGAAAUUUUGGGGAUGCCCAAAUUUCAAGAGAGGAAAUCAAGAAUCUGUUGGGUGUAAUUAUUUCAAGUGGAGUGGAGAAGAUGAUAUUGACCAAAGAGAUGGUGUUAUCUUGAGCCAGAAUAGGGAGAUUUGUAGUUUAGAAAAGAGUAUUAAGUUGUAUGAGAAAUGGGUGAAAUGUUUAAUAGGAGUUGUUGGUGUUGUUGUUGUCCUUAAUAUAAUCUUAGUUUCAGUGCUGUUGAAAAGUCCCUAA